AUGGGAGAGAAUCCUCCUCAACCAUUGUUAAGAGACUAUGACCACCCCAACGCAUUCCAACUUCGGAGUGGCAUACGUCUUCCCACCACGAAUGCAAACAACUUUGAGCUUUCACCUCAACUCAUCCGCAUGAUUCAAAGCGAUCAAUUUGGGGGUAGUCCUUAUGAGUGUCCUUUUGCUCAUUUGGACAACUUUCUUGAAUUGUGUACAACUAUCAAGAAAAACAACAUUUCGGAAGAGUUUAUUCGGAUGCACAUGUUUCAAUUCUCCCUUCGAGACAAAGCAAAGCAUUGGUUGAGAACGGUUGAAGAGGGAUCGUUGAGUACUUGGGAUGAGGUGACUAGAGCUUUUCUUGGGAAGUAUUGCCCUCCCGAGAAAACCGCUGAAUUAAGACGGAAGAUCACAAACUUCAACCAAGAGGUUGAUGAAACUUUGAGUGAAGCAUGGGAGCGGUUCAAAGAUUAUACUAAAGCAUGCCCUCACCACGGUUUCACCUCAUGGAUCAUAGUGCAAAGCUUCUAUGAUGGUCUUACUCCUACCUCAAGGGCCAACCUUGAUUCGGGAGACGGAGGUAGCCUUAAAAAGCUAUCGGUUGACGAGGCCUACAAAAUGAUUGAGGAAGUGGCUAAGCAUUAUGCUUAUGGAGGUGAUAAAAGGCAAGGUCAACCCAAGAAUGGCGGUAAGCAUGAUCUUGAAGCAAUAGAUCUUAUUGCUUCAAAGGUUGAUAUUUUAGCUCGAAAGCUAGAUCAAGUGAACAAUGUGCCCGGUAGCUCCUCCCCACAAGUCAUGUCUUGUGAGACUUGUGGAGGAAAUGACCACUUGGCAUCCUAUUGCAACACUACAAUGGAGCAUGUGGCUUCACUUGGUAGGAAUGAUCCUUACUCCCAAACUUUUAACCAAGGUUGGAAACAACAUCCAAAUUUUGGGUGGAAACAACCCAAUCAAGCUCCCCCUCCUAAAAACAAUUACAACCAAGCUCCUCCUUACAAUCAACCCCCUCCACAACAACAAGCUCCCUAUCGCCACCCCAAUCAAAGAGACAAUGUCCAACAAAGACCCCAAUACAAUCAAGCCCCUCCUCCUCCAAAAUCCAACAUUGAAUCCGUUUUGGAAACCUUCAUGACCCAACAAAUCAAGAUCAAUGGGGAAGUUAGUAGCUCAAUUCAACAACUCCAAGCACACAACAAGAUGAUUGAAAGUCAAUUAUCUCAAAUUGCACAACAAGUUGGGUGCACCUCUAACCCCGGUGGUCAAUUUCCAAGCACAACGGUAAUGAAUCCAAAAGAGCAAGCGAAAUCAAUCACCUUGAUUAUGGAAGGGGGGGUAUGA